AUGACUAAAGACAUUCCCUUGCCAGAUGGGAGCAAAAAGAUUGAUAUUACCACAAAUGCACUCGCUGAAGCAAAAGCAAGUGUAAAAAGGGAUAGAGAGGCAACGGAUAAAUCAAGGUGGAAUGAGGCGAAGAGAGCUUACAUGGAGCUGGAUGCACAGGUGGUUUCAUCAGUUGUUAAACCAACAACCACCACCUCAAUGACAACAACUGCUACUUCAACAUACACCACUCAAACACCUGAUCUCACUAAAUCAUCCACCACCACUUCAACCACAUCAUCAACCAUCAAAUCAUCACCUGCCACUGUGCAGAAGACUUCUACUGACACAUCAGUAGUUGUAAUGACACCUCAAUCUUCCACCAAAACAGCUGUUGUAACUCCUGUUGUAUCAACAACUGUUGGUACCUCAGUGGUUUCAGCAGUUGUUAAACCAACAACCACCACCUCAAUCACAACAACUGCUACUUCAACACACACCACUCAAACACCUGAUUUGACUAAAUCAUCCACCACCACUACAACCACAUCACCAACCAUCAAAUCACCACCUGCCACUCUGCAGAAGACUUCUACUGACACAUCAGGAGUUGUAAUAACAACAGUGGUUGAAACACCUGUUGUUUCAACAACUGCCAAACAAGCAGAGGAUAUUGCUAAAAGAGAAUCAACAGGGAAGACUGACAAAGAAUAUCAAAGGCACUACCAAUUUUUGCUUACUCAAGUCAGUUCCCUGGAACAAUUUGCAAAGAAUGUUUGUCAAAAAUUAUCAGAAAGAGUAGAUGAAUCUCUGAGAAAAGACUAUGUUGAGAAUAUCAUGGCUCACAAGAAGUAUAAAGGAGAGAAGCAAUGUACAAAGAUUGGACCAUUCCUGAGCUUGAAAGUGAAGUAG